ACAGAAUAGAAUUGACGAUGAUUUAUACCAAAGAAAUUAGGAAAAGCGAUCAUACCAGCAUAUAAUGGGUUGCCACGGUCCUAAUAUGCCAAUCCUGUUCCUUCCUUACGCCACUAUAUCAUUCGCCGGCUCCUUACUACUCGAUAUUUAAUUUGUUUGUAGUAAAGACAUACGAUGGUCCACCCAACCUCACUCCUGGCUCUGAUUCUGCCCUUGUGCUCUGCGCAGUUGGACAAUUACGCCAAGAAGGCUGGCCUCAAGUACUUCGGUACUGCGACCGACUCACCAGGACAACGAGAGCGAGCCGGGCUGGAGUCAUCGUACCAGACAUAUGAUGCCAUCCUCAGGGACGGGGACGAGUUCGGUCAGACCACGGCUAGCAACGGGCAAAAGUGGCUAUUUACAGAGCCCAAGCAAGGCGUCUUCAAUUUCACCGAAGGAGAUAUUGUAACAUCGAUCGCUCAGAAAGAGGGACUCCUCCAGCGCUGCCACGCCUUAGUCUGGCACAAUCAACUCGCGCCCUGGGUGGGGGCCACCAACUGGACAGCCGAUGCCCUGAGCGCUAUGAUCGUCAACCACAUCACGCACGUCAUGGAACACUACAAGGGCAAGUGCUACGCCUGGGAUGUUGUGAACGAAGCUCUGAACGACAAUGGCACCUACCGCAAGUCUGUCUUCUACGACACGCUCGGCGAGGACUACAUCAAGCUCGCGUUCCGCACGGCGCAGAAGGUCGACCCAGAUGUCAAGCUGUAUUACAACGACUAUAACAUCGAGUCCCCUGGCAGCAAAGCAACUGCCGCUGUGGGGAUUGUCAAGAUGCUCAAGCAAGAGGGAAUCAAUAUUAGCGGGGUUGGGAUGCAGUCGCAUUGGGCUGUAGGAAGCUCGCCGACACUGGAACAGACCAUUGCGGCCAUGAAUUCAUAUGCUGCGGAGGGGGUUGAGGUGGCCAUGACGGAACUGGACGUGCGAAUCAAGUUGCCGGUGAAUGAGACGAGUCUGGAGGCUCAGAAGCAAGCAUACAAAACCGCUGCCGGAGCAUGUGUCCAAGUCGAAGCCUGUGUUGGCAUCACAAUAUGGGACUUCUACGACCCCUUCAGCUGGGUACCAGUCACCUUCCCCGGCCAGGGAUCCCCGUUGUUAUGGUUUGACAAUUUCACCAAACACCCCGCCUACUACGGGAUCAUCGAGGCUUUCGAGAACAAGACGACCGACCAGGGCUGCAAGGGCCCGAAAUACCGACGCUCAGGCGGGAUCUUCAGGAAGAGCGUAAACAUUUACGAUUAACAAUAAC